UUGACCAAUUGCGCCCGCGCAAGAAUCUGAUGGGUCAUUUGAAUACAGCGAUCCUCUCUGGGUAGAUGAGGUAGCCUACAGUAUAGUAGGUAGUUGAAUAGUGAAGAGUCUUUGCGUGAGCGCGUGUGUUUUUGUGUGGAUGAGCACUCCUUGAAUAGAAAGCCAAAGGAAGAAGAAGAAGAGACAGGCAGGAUCGGUUUGCGCCUUGUUGAAAUCCAGGGUGAAGCAAAUAGGUGUGUAACAGAUCGAUCAGCUCUUCGCGCACCCUUUGUGGAUUUAAUGGAUCAGCGGAUGUGAUGCCAAUAUAUAUCAUCGACCGAAAAUUUCCCGACACAUCUGGUGAGUUGAUACAGCCGGCAGCUGAAGGAGGAGACCUGAGAAUGACAGAGACAAACCCCCCCAAGCUGGCUAAGAAGCCUCGCUGGACCUCCCUUGAGGUCGGCCUCAUUACUAUUGUCUCCUUGCUCUUCAUCGUCAUCGUCGCCCUCAUUAUCCUUUUUGCAACACAGAAGACUGAAGAAAUCUGCACCACAGCUGACUGCACGCAGUCAGCGUCUCGCCUAAUUGAGAACAUGGAUGCUAACGUGAACCCUUGUGACAACUUCUAUGAGUAUGCCUGUGGAGGCUGGCUGAAAAAGAACAUCAUCCCUGAGACCAGCUCUAGAUACAGUACCUUUGACAUCCUACGAGACGAACUGGAGGUCAUUCUCAAAGGUGUCCUUGAAAAAACUGUGGAGGGGGAAGCCGCUGCUCUCACCAAAGCUAAGACCCUUUACAAGUCCUGUACCAAUGAGAGUUUAAUUGAGCUGAGAGGAGGGGCUCCUUUGCUCGACAUGCUGUCUGAUGUGUUUGAUUGGCCCAUGGCUGUGGAUAACUGGGAGACCAACUAUGGUAAAACGUGGAGGUUGGAGAAUGUAAUCGCCAAGCUGAAUGAGAAAUAUGGAACACAACUCUUGGUUAACUUUUUUGUUGGCACCGAUGACAGGGAUUCAAACUCUCACAUCAUUCAUUUUGACCAGCAGACAAACCUUGGACUCUUGUCCAGAGAUUACUAUGCUUGCACUGGACUCUACGCAGAGGCAUGUCGGGCCUACGAGCAGUUCAUGUUUGACCUGGCUAAGCUAAUUCGCACUGACCGGAAACUGGUCAUCAAUGAGACCAGCAUCAGGCAGCAGGUGGCACGAGUCAUGGACCUGGAGAAGGACAUCGCCAAUGCUACUGAUACUCCAGAGGACCGUAACAACCCUGUGUUGCUUUACAACAAGAUGGAACUGGGUGAUCUGAACACCAACUUUACCCUUGAGGUUGAAUCCCAGGUAUUUGACUGGAGUUACUUCACAGCGAAGAUAAUGGAUACAGUCAAUAUCAGUGUUCCUGACACAGAGAAGGUCAUCAACUACUCUCCCAACUAUUACAGAAGACUCAGCGUUAUCUUGGCCAAAUACAACAAGAGGGAUCUGCAGAACUACAUGGUGUGGCGUUUUGCUAUGAAUAUGGUGGUGGGCCUGAGCAGAUCUUACAGGGACACCAGGAAAGCCUUCCGCAAGGCUCUGUCUGGUACAACGUCAGAGGCAGCAGUGUGGCGACAGUGUGCACUUUACGUCAACAACAACAUGGACAAUGCUGUGGGAAGACUGUAUGUGCAGGAGGCCUUCUCUGAAAAGAGCAAAGAACUGAUGGAGGAGAUGAUUAAAGACAUUCGGGAAGUGUUCAUUAGUAACCUCUAUGACCUGACAUGGAUGGAUGCGGAGACCAAGAAAGCAGCUGAGGAAAAGGCCCGUGCUAUUCGGGAACGGAUUGGCUAUUCUGACAACAUCAGGGAUGACGGAUAUCUUAACAAUGAAUACAAAGAUCUGAGCUACGGUGCAGAGGAGUACUUUGAAAACAUCCUGCAGAACCUGGAGUAUGUGCAGAAGAAACGCCUGCGGAAACUCAGAGUCAAAGUCAACAAAGAGGAGUGGGUAACUGGAGCUGCCGUUGUCAACGCCUUCUACUCAUCCAGCAAAAACCAAAUAGUUUUCCCUGCAGGAAUCCUCCAGCCACCUUUCUUCAGCAAAGGCCAGGCUAAAUCUCUCAACUAUGGUGGCAUCGGCAUGGUGAUUGGUCACGAGAUCACUCAUGGCUUUGAUGACAAUGGCCGUAAUUAUGAUAAGGAUGGUGACCUGAAGGACUGGUGGACACCUGACUCCACUCAGAAGUUCCUAGACCUGUCGAAGUGCAUUGUCAAUCAGUAUGGCAACUUCUCCUGGGACCUGGCCAAUGGACUUCAUUUAAAUGGUAACAACACCCUCGGGGAGAACAUCGCUGACAAUGGAGGGAUACGGCAGGCAUAUCAGGCCUAUAAGAACUACGUGAAGGAGCAUGGAGAGGAGCCAUCACUGCCUGGCAUUAGCCUUUCCCACGAUCAACUCUUCUUCUUAAACUUUGCUCAGGUGUGGUGUGGAACGCACCGACCGGAACAAGCUGUUAAUUCUAUUAAAGUAAAUGUACACAGUCCAGGGAAAUUCAGGGUACUGGGCUCUCUUCAGAAUUUCCCCGAAUUUGCCAAAGCAUUCAAAUGCAACAAGAACAGCUACAUGGUCCCGGACAACAUCUGCCGUGUGUGGUGAUCCCUUAACCUCUAGGAUGGGGACUGUUCUGACGUGGGUAGAUCCUGUCCCGCUGCAGUACCUCUCCCUCUGACUGUGGGACUUGUGUGGGGCUACAGGGAAGUGAAAGCUCCCCUUAGCUCUUUACUGGAUGGACCAGGGCUGGUGGACUGACACUGCAGUAUGCACUUCCUCUGAGGAAAGCAGUGGACUGUACCUUCACGGACAGACGGAGCACUGUCUCUCUGACUCUGAUACUGUAGUUCAUUCAAUCAGCCUGAUUAUUCUGCUACUCACUGGAUACAAUCACUCAUUGUGUUUUUUGUUUGUUUUUUCUCUCUGGAUUUUCAUCUUCUUUUACUCAUUGUUUUGAGUCUGCCAAAGUGUGUGGGUGUGUGGGGGUGUGUGUGUGUGUGUGUGUAUUUGUGUGUGUGUUUCAGUCAAAAUACUGUACUUGUGUGUGUGUUUCAGUCAAAAUACUGUACAAGUAGUUGUAAAGAGAGGGGUAGGCUGACAAAAGUGCUCAUAUCCACUAGCAUAUGAAUACAUCAGCCACCCACUCGCACAUACACAUGUAACAGGGCUGAACCUCUGUGCUCCUUGUGGGACUGAGCUGUAUGCCUCUCUUGAAACCUCAGCUGGUUUCAGCCUUCAUCUACACGCUGAUACAGUAUACAAUGUAUUUGUAAUGUACUCUUUGUUUAUAAGAACAACUAGAUUAGGUAAAUUAUUAAAUCAGAGUUUAUUUUGCUGAAUAGACCAAUACCUAUGUCAUUGUAAUCACAUAUUACACAACACUGUUCUAUAUUUGAGGAUAAUGACUUAACUGUGGUUGACAGAUGGCUGCUGUUCAUUAGCAGUAUGUCAAAUAAACCAAAAUUAAAUGUUUGCCUUUAAGAUGACAGCUGUUCAUGAAUCAUUAGGCAGACAAAUUACAGUCAGCAGACCCUUUUAUACACUCACUGAUCCUCCUGUGUGUUUCUGCGUGGAUUACUGUCUCUUUGAGGUUUUUUAAGUCAUUAUGAUUACUGCCUACUGUUUGUCACGCAAAUUGGUAUGUCUGACGUGUUCUGUUUUGCUGCUGUGUUUCAGCGUGUGUAUGUGUAUUUGCAGAAAAACUAAAGAUUAGAACAUUUUCCAUAAAGAAAUGUGUUUGACCUUACCACAAAUACACUUUUCUUGCUGAUUGCAAAGUCACUUACUAUUGUCGUGUGACUUUGCUACAGACAGGAGCUGAUUAGCUUAGCGGGGCAUAACAACCGCAAACUGCCUGCCUGACCAGCAAUAUCAUUUAAGCUCAUUAUUAACCAUGUUAGUAUUAUCAGUACAAGUAGCAAGUGUGGAAAGCAAUAGGUUGUGGUUUUGUAUGGCAGUAUGUACCAGACUGUUUCUUGGUUGGAGGUAGCAUUUCCUUGAGUUUAAGCCAGCUGCCUGGAAACCUAAUGGUGAUGACAAGAUUACACGACUUGAAUUCUUUCUCCUUUGUUAUUGAUUGAAAAAAAAAAUGCAAUUUUAAUUGGUUAAAUUGUGCUCGUAGGCAUAUUCUUUGUUUGGACUGGACUCAGACUAGCUGCUAAGCUUACCACUACCUGACUGUAGCUUUACAUAUAGCAAACUGAUGAGUGGUAUCAAUAUUCUCAACUAACUUUUGGUAAAAAAGAGGAGUAGUUUAUUUGACAAAAUAUGAAACUAUUUAAAAAACGUGUAGCAACUUUUAGAGCUGAUCAUGGUUAAUCACAUUAUGUGCCCCACAUGUUCCAUCUUUAUAUAAUUAUAUUUUUAAACAUUGAGGAGUCAAUUUAAAGAUGAUGAUAUAACACAGCUUUCAAAGGAAUGAUCUAAUUCAAACAGCGGGCCAAGUCUUUGCUGAAACCUAAUGAGCUCUUCAACAGUCGAUGCAUUUUUUUGAAGAAGGUUGUAUCAUUGGAUUGAAUAGUAUUCAUGAUUGCGUAAGGCUUUAUUUUCUACAUUGAAGUGUAACCAAGGCUCUAUCUAGCACAAGGUUUAAUUGACCCCUUUUAUAGACGUGAAUGAUGUGCCAUGAUCAUGGGCCAUUUGUAUAGAAACUGUAACAGUCCUUGUCCAGCCUUUAUACGUGUUGGUUUCCUUUGUUUCGUCCUUUUCAUUGAUUGUGCAAGCUCUCUGUGUCUCUCAGUCCCUAAUGCUUUCUUUCUGCCUCUAUAUCUCCCUCUCUAUCACACUCCACAUGUAGAAAUACAGAUAUACCUCAGUUGCCUGUAUUUAGAUACUUUAUAAUAAUGAAUGAUAAUCACCUUGGGGAGCAUUUUUUUUCUUUCAGAAUAAAUCUAUAAAUUACUUG